AUGCUGUUGUUUACACUUAUUUGUAUUAGUACAGCUUUAGAUUGUGCUUCUAUGGUUGAUGGAACUCUUUAUACAAAAGAAGAAGCAUUUGAGUGUAUUUAUGAAACAAAUUUAGACAUUUCAGACGCAGUAAGUAUUCAAGGAGAUAUUGAAGACUUAAUUGGGAUGUAUGCUUAUUUAGACAUUCUUCAAUCACCACUAAAAGAAGAUCAGUAUUACUCUGUUGAAGCACAUCUUGAAGAAGAAUUAAAGUCUUUAGAUACAAGUACUCAACCAAUAUAUCAAUUUUAUAGAAAAGUUGAUGAUAUAAUGAGACUUGCAAAAGACCCAAAUUUAAAAUUUAAGUUUAGUUCUUCAAAGAGGAAGAAUUUUUAUUUUGAUAGUUUUAAAGCGAUUCUUCCUUUCAAAUUCAUUAUUGACCAAUCUACAGUCAAAACUCAAAUCGUUGAACAAAAUGGUUAUGUUGUUCCACAAGAACUUAUUGAUAAUAAUAGUCAAGAAGUAAAAUUAAUUAAUAAACAAAAUCCAUUGGAAUAUCUUCGUACACUUAGUAAUAAAUUAAUUAGUUUAAAAAAUGCUAAUACCGCCUUUAAUUAUAUGCUUCAUUAUCACUUCCAAAUAGAUUUAGGAGAAAUUCCUUUAACAUCAGAUGAAUUAGAAGAUAUAGUUAUAGAAUAUAUUAAUGGAGUAACUGUAACAAUACCUUAUAAACUUCUUUAUAAAGAAGUUAAAGGUGCAUUAAAAAAUUCAAUAAAACAUAGUGGUAAUAGUCAAUUUAAAUAUACAAGUGAUGAUAAUAAUAUAAAGUGUGGAACAUUUAUUGAAGGAGAAAAAAGUAUUAAUGUAAUAGUUAUUCAUAGUUUUUAUUAUGAUGUAAGUAAUAAAACAUCAACCUAUAUUCAAACAUUAAAUAAAUGCUUUGAAAUGAUUGAUGAGAAUGAUUAUCCAAUUGAAGUUAUUCUUCCAAUGAAUGAAGGAGGAGAUGCGGAUAUUGAAGGAAGUAUUUUUAAAUUACUUUCACCACAUGCUGAUAAUUAUAUAUAUGGUAGUGUAAGAGUAGAUGGUAAUAGUGAGAAAAUAUUAAAAUUAGAUAUUGCACAACAUAUGUAUGAUCCAAAGAAUUGUCAAGUACGAAGAUCUGUCAGUGGAAAUAAUAUUAUUAUUAACUUAAAAAAACCUCUUGGACCAUUUUAUUCUAAACCAGUUGUUGAUGAAUUUGAAAAUAAUAUUACUCAUAGUAGAUCUCAAGUAUCUAUUAUGAAGUCUAAUGAUGUACUCUUUUUUACUGAAUUAAAAAAUCAUCCAAGAAGUCCACAUCAGAUUGUUAUUUUUACUGAUGGUUAUUGUAGAGGAACUUGUUCAUUCUUUAUAAAAAAUCUCGCUGAGUCAGGGUCUGCAAUUAUAGUUGGGUAUGGUGGAGAUCCAGAAAAUAAUGAAUUUGAUAUUGGAACAGCUACAUCUGUUAUUAUGGCAUCAGGCUAUGCUUUAUGUGGUUCAUCAACUGAUUUAACUAAAGAAGGAUCUCAUAUGACUGUUUCAUUUGUUGAGUUAUAUCCAACAAAUUAUUCAUUUAAGAGUAGUAUACCAAGAGAAUUUAUUAAAGGAAGAAGUAAUGAACGGGUAGCAUUAUAUGAUUAUAAUGAUGACAAUGUAAAUAAAUUUGUUAGUGAAGGUCUUAAAUUAGUGAAUAAAUAUCUUAUUGAAUGUGAUGUCAAUUCACCUAUGGUUUUACAAAAUCCUAAAUGUGAUGAAAAACUUAAAGGUGAUCAUAUUCAUGGAGGACAUCCAUGUGUUGAAGGAAGAUGGUACACAUUAAGUUGUGUUCCAUCUUAUUGUGAUUAUGGAUAUAAAUUUGAUAGAACAAGUCAAACAUGUAUUGAAGAUGCCUGUUAUGUUGCACCUAAUGACACCUCAUCAUCUUCAUCAGAGGCUUCAUCUUAUACUCCAAAUGAAUCUUCUUCUUCAUCUAAUACAAAUGAAACAUCAAGUUCUGAAUUACAAGAGCCAACAACAGAUUCUAUGGUAUAUGUUGUUGUAGGGAGUGCUAUAGGAUUUGCUAGCAUAGUGAUAAUAGUAUCAGUAAUAGGAAUUGUAGCUGUAAUAUUGAUGAAUAGAAAGUCGAAGCCAAAAUAUACCACUUUCGAAUAA